UCGGACGCUCGCCAUGCGCUUCGAUGGCAUGCGCACGCGCAGCGCCAGCGCGCGGCCCACCAACGCCACCGCGGCGGACGCGCGUACGCAGCGCGCGCGCAGCACCAUGCCGCGCGGGUCCAUGCCCGUGCCACCGGCAUUGACGACGCGCAACUUGUCUCGGCCUGCUGCGCCGCCAUCCGUGGCGUCCUCCGCGUCGCGCGCAGCCGAGCCGCUGCUGCCGCCCGUGGACGAGCUCUUCCCGCGGCCGGACCUGGAGCCGCGCAUGAAGAAGCACCUGGUGCGCGUGGCCAACGAGACGUCCAACGCGCUCAUCAAGGACACGCUGCUGCAGGACGAGCCCGGCAGCGUGCUGUGGCGGCCGGCGUCGCGUCCGCGUGGCGCGCCCGGCAACAUCCACGUGCUGCGUGGCGCCGCGCGGGACGUGAGCGAGGCCAAAGACGCCACGUGCGUGCGCGCGGUCAGCGACGACGUGCACGCGAGCAUCGAGGAGUUCGCGCUGCUGUUCAAGCUGGACUCGAGCCGCGAGGCUGCCGACCACCUGCUGCUGUUCAACGCCGACCUGGUGCAGCACGCCACGCUCUACACGUUGGUGUCGCCUUCGGGCCAGCAGCCGCGCCGCUACGUCGGCGUCAAGUGGGCGCUCGUGGCGUCGCCCUCCAGGUUCUUCCGCAACCGAGACUUCUGCUACUUGGAGUGCCAGAAGGAGUUCACGGACGCCAAGGGACGCCGCGGCUGGGUCAGGUCGCUGCACUCGCUCAAGAUGCCGUGCUGCCCGUCGCUCGAGAAGGGGCACGGCAUCGUGCGCGCCAGCAUCUACAGGUCCGGACUCACGGCGGUGGAGACGGAUGAGCCGGGCGUGCUCAGCGUCACGUACACGCAGAGGCUGAGCACCAGCCCGCUGCUUGGAGAUCUGGACAUCCCGGCCAGGAAACGCACGCGCGGGAGCUGCAACUUGUGUUACCGAGAGUUUGUGGGUGCAGGAGGACUGAGGGACACGCUGGCGUCGAUCACCAACCUGUCGACGCGAUCGAAGCGUUAUGUGUGCCGCAAGUGCGGCGAAGGAGUGUGUCGACGGUGCAGUGACGACUGGUGGCUGGAUGUGCCUGUUGUCGGACGGACGAAGGUGCGUAUCUGCACGGUGUGCUCUGCUGAGGCUAAGCAGUCGCAUAUCUCAGCACACACGACUCGCGCGGGCACGUAUCCUAUCCGGGGAAACAAGGAGCCUACUACGGAGGUGGAAGGUGUCACGCACCCGGGGCUGCUCUCGCCUCCGCAGAUGGUCAGGCGACGCUCGCUGUCAAUGCUGGAUCGACCUAGCGACGCCGCGUCCUUCUUCGCGCAGCAGGAGGAGAUUAAACGCGACUUGGAGGUGCGUGCCACGGAGCUGAGCCGCCGCGUGCAGAUCUGGGACGAGAUGCAGAUGUACGAGCGCGACUCAAGCUUGAUCCCGUCGCAGCAGGAGGAAGCCAAGAAGAAGUAUUUGCGUGAACAGCGUAGACGCGAGUUGGAGCCGCGUGAGCAGGAGAAGGAGCAGCAGCAUCUCAGCCGUAUCCCGUCGUCUCGACUGGUGGAGCAGGAGGAAGAGAAGGAGGAGCCCGAGGCGGAACUAGAACCGCAGCGCCAGCCUGCUGGAAGCAUUUCCACGAGCGAGAGCGAGCAGCCAGAGCACCAGCUCCCGCACGACAGGUACCCGUCAUUUAUGUCAUCAGAGCAGAGCAGUAACCAGGAGGCCAGCGACAUCGAAGGAGAUGAUGUCAUUCGGCUUACGGCCGAGACUGGCGCGCGACUGUCGUCUGACUACCGCGAUAGCGAUCUGACGGACUACGAGGAGCACACUAUCGAUGGUCUGGGUGAAAUUCGCACGACCACAGACCUCACGCGCUGGUGGCAAGACCAGCAACGCGUUAGCGAGACCGGAGACCACCAGCCUCGUCGGCAGCAGCCUCAAGCCAGCUUGUCCCCAGUCCAAUCCCCACGGAAGGAUAAGCGGCGUGCCAGCAACGACGACGUCAAGAUGCAGCAGCAGCAGCGUUCGGCAUUAGCAUCGGCGGCAGUACCAGGCAAUCGUAACGCGAAGCAGCAGGAGAUGGUGGACCUCUUCAACCACUGGAAGCAGGAGUCCACGAACGAGAUCCAGGUCCAGCACCAGCGUCAGAACCACACACCCGAGCAGCGACAGCAGAUGCAGGAGUUCGAAGAGCAGGCACGGUAUCAGGAGGAGCAGGUGCGCCGUCGGCAGCAGUCCGACUUUGAAGAGAUGGCCCAGUACCAAGAGGAGCAGGCUCGUCGUCGCAAGCAGUCGCUCGACUCGCCAAUCCGGCGCUCGCAGUCGGUGAGUCAGAGUCAACCCAACACGUCAGUCCUGCAGCAGAUUCAGCAGCGUCAGAAGGAGCUAGAGAACCUGCGGCGCCAUCGCCAAAAGCCGCGCGACGACGAACCGCCCGUGCCAAGUGUGACGAGCAGCGACCGACUUUCGGCUAUCAUCGCGCAGUCCUCGAUGGCGGCCAAGGAGCGGUACCUCCAGCAGCAGCGACAGCAGCAGCUCGACCACGAAGCCGAAGCCGCGCGUAAGAAGGAGGCGCGUCUCCGCGCGAACAAGGCUCUGGACCAAACCGCCGGAGAAGACGUCGAGCUGAUGGAGACGUCCAAGGGCGAGUGGGUUCCGGCCAGCGAGCCGCGCGCGUCCAACGUGGCGUCGGUCGUGAGCUCUCCUCGUCACGGCCCGGGCUUCUGUGACCACUGCGGCUCCCCCGAGUACAUGGGCCAGAACGGCAACGUCAAGCCCAGCUGCAAGUGCGCGACGACCCCGACCAAGGCCACGGGCACUGUUCUAUUCGACGGCAAAUGGAUCAGCAGCCCCACGCCGCAGGAUUCUCCGUAA